AUGGCACAGCACCACAAAACACCGCUGCAGCACAAUUCUUCAUUGUUCAUUUCACCUCAGGUGAUGACGAGGAAGCAAGAUGUUUUCAUCACGCCGCCCAAUCCACAAAACAACCUUUUUGAGUCGCCUGGUUCCCUGCUGCUGCUGUUCUACAACAUAGAUAAUGUCAGUGGAACGUUACGAAAUGACGCCGCUCAGGGCACAGGAGGUCCUGGUGAAGAGCCCAUUUCCAGAGUACAGAAGCUCAGGUUAUGGAGACACGAGGCACUUUUGCAGCACCAGUAUCUGACCGCGGAGUACAUUGGAGACAAGAUUCUCUCUAUGACGAAUGAUCCCAACGACGCAUUUUGGCUAGCUCAAGUAUACUUCGAGACCGGGAACUACUUGAGAGUAAAGAGUCUUUUGACAAGCAAAUCAGAGUAUGAGCAGUCAGUGGCAUGUCGGUAUCUCACUGCGUUCAGUCUUAUAAAGCUAGAACGUUGGGAAGACGCUUUGGAUGUCUUGGGCGAGACCAAUCCAUUUCUGAAAGAACCAAGUCUGAGACCGAAAGUCGCAGAAUACGGGAUCCGCUUCGAAGCCUCAAUGUGCUACCUUAGAGGACUUAUUUUUGCGAAUCAGAAUAGCUACGAGAGAGCUAAAGAGGCAUACAAGGAAGCUGUCAUGGUGGAUGUCAAAUGUUACGAGGCCUUCGACGAACUUAUCAAGAAUGAUUUCUUGACGCCAACAGAGCAGUGGGAAUUCAUCAAUUACCUUAAUUAUUCAGACGCAGAUGAUAACGACGAGCUUAUCAAACUUUUGUAUACCUCUCGGUUGAGCAAGUAUACGAAUGUGCCUAAGUUUGAGGAAGCCGAAAGCAUUCUAAAAGAUGAGUACCGUCUAGGUGAAAAUGGCGAUAUCAUGCUCAGCAAGGCAGAGCAUGCCUUCGUCCAAUGCAAUUACGACCAGUGCCUUGACAUUUGUGAAAGUGUUCUCAGCAAGGACCCCCACAAUUGUAAUGUUCUACCCUACUACAUCAGCUGCUUAUACGAACUUGGCGGUCGUAACAAGUUGUUCCUCAAAGCACACCAGCUCGCUGAUUCCCACCCAACGCACCCAAUUGCCUGGCAGGCUAUUGGCAUUUACUAUCUCUCCAUCAAAAAAGUGAUUGAGGCUAGAAAGUUUUUGAGUAAAGCAACUUUGCUCAAUCCGAAUAAUGGUCAGGCAUGGAUCGGCUUUGCCCACACAUUCGCUUUGGAAGGUGAACACGAACAAGCCAUCAGCGCCUACGCAUUUGCCGCCAGACUCUUCCCUGGCAAUCAUAUGCCCAAUAUGUUUUUGGGUAUGCAGCAUCUCCAAAUGAAUAAUAUCAGCUUGGCGGAAGAAUAUCUUUUAGCAUCACACCAUAUUUGCAACAGCGAUCCACUUCUCUUGAACGAGAUCGGCGUCAUAUAUUACCACAAAAACCAUCUAGAUCGGGCUGAGGCCUUUCUUCAGGAUGCACUUUCUGCGGCACGCUAUCUCAACUCAGAAUCGAAAACGUGGAUCUCUAUCCAUGCUAACCUCGGGCAUGUCUACAGACGAGCAGGUCAGUACGAUAAGGCUCUUGAAUGUUUUCACCAAGCAUUGAAGAUGACUCACAGGAAUGAUGCAAACAUCCUUUCGGCAAUUGCCUUAGUCUACCUCAAGCUCAGAAAUCCAUUCAAGGCUAUUGAUGUGCUUCAUGAUUCGCUUGCAAUCUCACCUGAUGAUCCCGUUGCAAGCGAUCUCCUCAAAAGAGCACUCGAGGCAAAUACAGAGACAACCUCGGCAUUUUUCCAAGCACCUACAGCUUUGUCCGAUCCGUCCUCUGUGUCAAUUCCUGCCAGGUCACGCGAGUCCUCUCGAAGACAUAGCUCUACCUUUGGCCCCGCAGGUAAGUUUGCAACGGUUUUUGAAGACAAACCGAGAGAUGCGCCUAGAGAACGCAAGACCAGCGAGGCUGAUACCAGUGAUCUUGCGGAACGUCUAAAAAGGGGUGAAGACUCCAGUGAUGAGGAGGUGAUGGAUGUAGAGAGUGACUAA